UUAACAAUAUUAAUUCUAACAAUUCAUAAACACAGACUCUCUCUGCAUUCGUUUGUGUCUUCUUUGAUUUCUUUCAUCAAAGUUUUGUAGUUUUCAUUGUUUAGAUUUUUCACUUAGGAAAAAAUUUAAGUGUUUCAUUGUUUCUGUUACUAUUGUGAAUGGGAUAGUUUUUUAUUUCUUUUUCAGAUUAGUAUAAAGGAAUGCGGCUGAUUUCUAUAUGUUGAUUUUGUAUCCUGCAACUUUACUGAAAUCGUUGAUUGGAUUCAACAGUUUUUUUCACUGACUCUCUUGGAUUUUCUCUAUAUAAAAUCAUAUCUUCAGGCUCACUUGCUGAUCCGGUGGCUACGAGGCGUGGAGCCAGGCACCCACGGCGAUGGGAAAUCCAGUUAUCAAAACUGGUUUCAGAAAAGAGAACCUAACAUCCAUUAACAAUGGAAGCAUUUGAGAACAUUACCAAAAAGCCACCCUUCCUCAAAACACCAGGCCCAGAUGGUGUUACAGGUUUUAAAAAUCCUGCAAGAAGAAGAUAGAUCUUAAGCCACAUGAUGGAUUCAGAAGCUCAUAAAAAGAGGUCGCCAAUCAUAACAUCUUCAAACCAAGAUAUAUCACCUCAUAUUACAGAUGUUGGUGGAAUAAAACAUUAUUUGUGUGGCUGCGGCGCAGCUUUCAGCACUGUAGCGAUCACAUUUCCCAUUCAGAAGGUGCUCUUUCGGCAACAGCUGUAUGGAAUCAAAAUCAAGGCUGCGGUGCUUCAGCUGAGGAGGGAUGGAUUUCGAAACUUGUAUCGUGGAAGUCUUCCCCCAUUGAUGCAGAAGACAACUUCACUGGCACUUAUGUUUGGUCUGUAUGGGGAUAUAUCUUACUUUCUCCGCAAGCAUAUCCAUUCCCCAGAUGUUGCAACCAGUAGCAUGGCAGCAUUACUGGCAGGGGCAACAGAAGCAAUUUUCACUCCGUUGGAAAGAGUUCAGACACUGCUUCAAGACCACAGACAUCAUGAUAAAUUUACAAACACUUACCAGGCGUUCAAGGCACUGAAAUGCCAUGGAAUUGGAGAGUAUUAUCGAGGCUUCAUGCCUGUUCUUUUCCGUAAUGGGUUCAGCAAUGUCCUGUUUUUUGGCCUUCGGGGUCCCAUUAAGGAGCACCUGCCUACCGCGACAACUUACAGCGAGCAUUUGGUCAAUGAUUUUAUCUGUGGAGGUCUAUUGGGUGCCAUGUUGGGAAUCUUAUCUUUUCCCGUUAAUGUUGUAAAAGCUCGCAUGCAGUCUCAAAUUGGUGGGGAAUUUCAGUCUUUUCCCCAGGUUUUCAAAAUAAUCUGGUUAGAACGAGACAGGAAACUGAUAAAUCUUUUCAGAGGUGUCCAUCUAAAUUACCACCGGUCCCUCAUCUCUUGGGGCAUAAUCAAUGCAACUUAUGAAUUCCUGUUAAAGGUUAUAUGAAAGAAAUAAUCAACUAAGUUCCACUUACCAAUUGACUAGAUCUUCAAAGAAGAACGUAGUUUGGCCUCAUUCCCAAUUGGCCAAAUACAAAUUGGUGUAAAUUCAGGCCACAGUGAAUUAUGGCAAAGCUGUUUCCCUUAAGCACCAACAAAUUCAGAAUAAAAGGUUUUAAUAGGAAAAGUUAAGGGUUUGGGGGUUUUUUUGUUUGUUUUUUUAAAAUAUGUUUCUAUUGAUUUUAGAGCGAGGACGGGAGAGAGAAACCUCAACGAUGAGUGAGAAUCAUCAAUUGGCUGCCUCCCGCAUAUCCACUAUAGGGAUCGAGCCCAGUGCCCAGUACCCAAGCAUGUGCUGUGACCGGGAAUCGAAUGGCAAUCUCCGGGUUCCAGGGUCGAUGCUCAACCACUGAACCACACCGGCCAGGCUAAUUUAUUUAGUUUUGUGCUCAUUGUUACCUGAGGACUUUGGGCUAAUUGCUUGGUUAAUAGCUGUCUAUCUGAUGGAUGGCUUUUGAUGAGGAAACUAAUAGCCAAGAUGGUCUUUUUUCCCCCAAAGUCUUUAAAUCUUCUGUAUUAAAACAUAAGUGGCCAUGACCAGCCAGAGCAAAGGCUCCUAGGGCCCUUUGAGUUCGGCAGGCUUACUUUCAUCACUCCAUUUCUUGCAUCUCUCCUCUUAGGGGGAGUUGCAAAGUGUAGUCUUUGCUAAACGGAAGCAUGACACAAGGAGCAGGACUGAGAAGAAAGCCUAAUGGGCGUGGGCUUCUCCUGAGAAAUUGCUUGCAUUAGUUUUGAAAUGAAGCGCCUGUUGGGAGAGCCAUUCUCCACGCUGCUUCUGUGUGGGCACGGUAGACCCCAGCAGCUAAUGAGAGCUCCCAUUUGCUUUCUAGAUUUGAAAGUGUUCUGCUUAAUUCUGAAUGUGACCCUAAACCUGUCCAAAAUAUCCUUGUGUUAAUUUCACUUAUUUCAUUGCCAAAAGGCGGGGAGACUUAAAUUUUGUCAUAGGCAUUUUAUCGUAUUAAGUUUCAUAUUAAUUAUAUAAAGAUCAAACUCUCUUUAGCUCAAUUUCUUUGAAUUAUUGUUGCCAACUCAGCAAAAAGCUUGGGGGGGGGGCGGGGUAGUUGUCCCCUUUGGGCACUAGUUUAUCUUAUUCAAGUACUUUGUUCUUUUGAAACUCGUUUUAAAAAAAAACACUUCCAUAAAAUUUUAUUUUUAAAGUCUGUUUAAUAGGAUCCCAGAUUUUUAUUUCUUUCUGGUUUCUCAAUGUUUGGAGGAGAGGGGAAACUCAGGAAAGCUUUCACCCCACAGUGUUAGCUAUCUUUUUUAUUUAUUUAUUUAUUUAUUUAUUUAUUUAUUAGUUUUGGAAAUAGAGACUUCUAUUAGGAUUUUUACGUUUGAGGAACCCAAUUUUACCAUUUUAUCAUUAAAAAAGUUUGAGAGGAUAAGAUCUAAAUAAAGAUAUUUGAAGAAUUAAUUUUAAAAUUCUAGAAGUUGGUAAUAGCUGGAUAUUACCAACAAAAACGUAUUUGUCAAAGGAAUCAGAUUUUAAAAUGUAUUUUCCUAAUAAAUAAGGCAAAAUGAUUCAUACAACACUUGAAUGAUUAGUAAAACAUGGAACAUCCUAGAAAAGUGGCUUAUUUUUUAAAAACCUACAUCUGUAAAUAUGUAGUUAAGAUUGCUUCCCAGCACCCGGCAUGGCAAAGUAGUUAGGUUUCUUAUUACCAGUUUGUCAGCAGGCUGGGUAAUUGCAUACGAAAAUGUGCACAUAAUGACCAAAAUAAAAUCAGGGUCUCAACUGGCAGUUUAUUCGGUUUCUGGGCAGAUAGUCCAAAACAGAUGUUUACCGCUACAUGCAGUAUGGCUGGUCAAAUAAAAUGAACAACCUUCUUCCAACCAAAAGAAUUAGGAAGCAUAAUCAAGCAUUUGUUAGUUAGGCAAUAAUCAAGCUCAGGAGAUUUACAACAGCUCUGUUUGACAAUGUUGUACUAAAAAUGGCAGUUUACUUUAGCAACCAAGGUGCAGAUGUAAGGAUUUCAGAAAACUGACACCGAAUAAACGUAACGUCCUUUGGCCUAUCAAACAGAGUCAAGAGUGAGGGUUGGAAGUGGUUCUUUCAGAAAUAAAUGACAUUGGUACGUGACCCCCGAACUUGUGUGUGUGCCCCUGAAUACUGCCUGUCUAGGUGCUCAGCAUGUGGCAGGUGUGUUAGCCUGGGGCCAUGCUCUGGCCCUGGGAGUGGACUCCACGGGCCUUUGGUUUCGCAGGGCUUGCUUUUGUCUUUACACUCCAUGCAGGUGGUAGGAACCUAAUUUCUAAAGCACUUUGUAAAAUAAAAGUGAAGUGAGAACGUGAAGGAGGAUGCUUUGGUUUCUGCUGUCUCAGUCUUCAGCAAGUAAAAAUUUGACUUUUUCUUUUCCAAUGUAGAUGACUUUUCUUUUUCUUACCUAGAUGUUUUAGCUAGGACUUCCAGUACUAUAUUGAAUAGGGAUGGUGAGAGUAGGCGUCCUUGUUUCUGAUCUAAAGGGAAAAGUCUUCAAUUUUUCUCCAUUGGGUAAAAUGUUAGCUGUGGGUUUGUUGCAUAUGGCCUUUAUUAUGUUGAGAUAUGUUCCUUCUAUACCCAAUAUGUUAAAGAUUGUUUUAUUUAAUCAUGAAAGGAUGUUGUAUUUGUCAGAUGCUUUCUCUACAUCUAUUGAGAUAAUCAUGUGAUUUUUAUCUUUCAUUUUAUUGAUCUAAAGCAUCACAUUAAUUGAGUUGCAUAUGUUGAACCAUCCUUGCAUCCCAGGGAUAAAUCCCAUUUUGUCAUUUUGUAUAAUCCUUUUAAUGUGUUCUUAAAUUUGGUUUGCUAAUAUUUUGUUCAGAAUUUUUAUAUCUAUAUUCAUCAGGGUAAUUUGUCUAUAGGUUUCUUUUUUGUGUGGUAUCCUUAUUUUGUUUUGGUAUUAAGGUAAUGUUGGGUUUGCAGAAUGAGUUUGAAAGUGUUCCUCCUCCUUGAUAUUUUGGAAGAGUUUGAAAAAGAUUAAUUCUUCUUUGAAUGUUUGGAAGAAUACACUAGUAAAAGCCUUCUAGUCCUGGGGGUUAUUAUUAUUAUUAUUAUUAUUAUUACUGAUUCAGUCUCAUUACUAGUUAUUAGUCUGCUCAGAUUUUCUAUUUCUUCUUGAUUCAGUCUUGGUAGGUUGUGUAUUUCUAGAAAUGUGUUAUUUCUUCUUGGUUAUGUAAUUUGUUGGAAUAUAAUAGUUCAUAAUAGUCUCUUAUGAUCCUGUGACUUUCUGUACUUUCAGUUGUAAUGCCUUCUCUUUUAAUUUUAUUUGAGUCUUCUCUUUUUUUUUUCUUAGCUCAGCUACAGGUUUGUCCAUUUUAUCUUUGAUAGAAGUAGCUCUUACUUUUGUUGAUGCUGUCCAUUGUUUUUCUGGUCUCUUUCACUUAUUUCUGUUCUGAUCUUUAUUUCCUUCUUUCUGCUAACUUUGUUCUUUUUGUUCUUUUUUUAUUUUUCAAUUACAGUUUAUGUACAAUUAUUAGUUCCAGAUGUAUAACCCAGUGAUUAGACAUUUAUAUAACUUAU